AUGCUUCGAUUACAUCUACGGAAACAGCCCUUGAUGAAUAGUUCCAAUCACGAAUACGCCCAAGAGUUUAUCAACUUUCUCAAUGCCUCUCCUACGCCCUUCCAUGCUGUGCAGAAUAUCGAGAAACAUCUUUCGAAAUACGGGUUUGAGCAACUAAAGGAGGGAGAUCCAUGGGAAAAGACUCUUAAACCAGGCAAAGGAUACUUUGUCACUAGAAAUGACUCUGCAAUCAUUGCCUUUUAUGUGGGCAGCCAAUACGUAGGUGGUAACCCAUUCGCUAUUAUUGGUGCCCACACCGAUAGUCCGGUUUUGAAAAUCAAGCCUAUCUCAAAGAAGACAAACGAAAAGUACGACUUAGUUGGCGUGGAGUGCUAUGGUGGUGGAAUCUGGCACUCAUGGUUCGAUGCAGACCUUUCCAUCGCUGGAAGAGUCGUUUACCGUGAGGAUACUUCAGAUGGGUACCAGCUAGUUGCAAAACUGGUAGAUUUGAAAAAACCUCUGCUCAAAAUCCCGACUCUGGCCAUCCAUCUGGACCGCGACGUAAAUACCAAAUUUGAGUUUGAUCGGGAAAAUCAAUUGCUGCCACUGGCUGGUCUGCAAGCAAAUCAAGCCAACAAGGACGACGAAACCUGUGGGUCCAAGGCGCAAGAUGACACUUUUUUCUCCAUCAAAUCUGUGGUGGAGAGACACCACCGUGACCUGGUCGACUUGGUGGCCAAAGGGUUGAACAUUACAAGUGACCAAAUCGAGGACUUUGAAUUGACUCUCUACGACCACAAACCUUCUUGUCUUGGCGGUUUACACGACGAGUUUGUUUUCUCCGGCAGGCUCGACAACUUGACCUCAUGCUUCACUGGUAUGCAUGCGCUCACGGAGGCUGGAAACGAUGAUUCACAGGACAAUUCCUCUAUCAGAAUGCUAGCAUGCUUUGACCAUGAGGAAAUCGGCUCAUCUUCUGCGCAGGGUGCCGACUCUAACUUCCUACCUAGCGUUAUGGAGAGGCUUGCCACCCCAACGCUACGUGGCGGGGCUAAUGAUGCUUAUUCAGGCGAACGCGAUCUUUUGAAAAUCGCGACAAGAAAGUCUUUUUUCAUGUCUUCUGAUGUUGCCCACGCUGUGCACCCCAACUAUGCGAGCAAAUACGAAUCGAACCACAAGCCCAUGAUUGGUGGCGGACCUGUGAUCAAGAUUAAUGCUAAUCAGCGCUACAUGACCAAUACUCCCGGAUUGGUGCUCGUCAAGGCUCUUGCAGACCGUGUCAAGGUACCUUUGCAACUUUUCGUUGUAUCCAACACUUCUCCUUGUGGAUCCACCAUUGGUCCCAUAAUUGCCUCUAAAACAGGAAUUAAGACACUUGAUCUGGGUAAUCCCAUCUUGAGUAUGCAUUCCAUUCGCGAAACUGGAGGCUCCGAUGAUUUGAAGUAUCAAAUAUUGUUGUUCCGCGAAUUUUAUCAAAACGGCACCCAAAUCCUGGAAACUGGUCGUGUCAAAACAAAAUGA